GAGAGAUAAAAAUUUCCAAAGACGCCGUCAACAUUCUCCAUUGGGCAACACACGAACGAACAAGAAGGGAACGAUGAACGUCGUACAUGGAUUGAAGAGGAUUCCUCGCAUUAAGUUCCCUCAGCGUCACCUCAAACCUUCAGAGGGAACGAAGCAGGUGGAAAAUGAAGCAGAUACAUUCUUCUUCUCCAACCUCAACACCCCAAAGACGACUAUAGGCGGGAAGGCCUCGUUGCAGCCCAAGCGCACCCCUGUUUCAAACGAAGAGAUGCAAGCUAUUUUGUUGGGAGGCUGCAUCUGAUCAUAGAGAUGGUGUGGACCUCUUCUCUUCCUCGCCAUUCACAGAAUAUACUCACGAAUCAAGAUUUGGUUGAUGUCACUGACACAAUAAAACAGACUCAAUUUGCAGUCUUUAAACCUUUUUACUUCUGUUAUAUACACUGAUUGAUUGCAUUUUACUCCCUAUUAAUGAUUUGGAAUUCAUGGAUUUUUAUAUUA